AUGGGCGACUCGUUGAAAACAAAGUUAGCCAAGCCCGUCGCAUACGUUGAUGGCAUCCAUCAAGGGUCAUGGACCUUCAUUAUCUUUAUACCUUUCGGUUUAUCAUAUCUGCCAAGGUUUAUGAGGCAAUAAGCAUGUUUUCAAAGGUAGCGCCCUGAUUCAUGAAAGCUGUAAUUCCUCUUUACCGCCAAACAGCCAAACAACUCAAGCCUAUAGUUUCAUCAGCCCAAAACGCAGUCCUCAUUGAAGACUUGUGUGGCAAAAUAUUGGACCAAUGCCCAGAUAUCAAAACGUUGAAAAAACUCCAUGCCAAGAUAUUAAUUGACCAAAAUCUUCAAUCGAAUCCCGCUUUGGGAAUCAAAUUGAUGAGGGUUUGCGCUGCUUGCGGACAAACAAGCGCCACACGCAACAUAUUCGAUGAAAUUCCUGACAAGAAUGUUGUUUUCUUUAAUGUUAUGAUCAGAAGCUAUGUGAACAAUCACUUGUAUCAUGAUGCUCUUCUUCUUUAUAAAACUAUGUCUAGCUAUGGAAUCGAUCCUGAUCAUUAUACAUACCCUUGUGUCUUAAAGGCAUCUUCUGGGUUGAAUAACAUCUGGGUUGGUUUGCAAAUUCACAGUGCUGUUGCAAAAGUUGGGCUUGAUUCUAAUUUAUUUAUUGGAAAUGGGUUGGUUGCCAUGUAUGGGAAAUGUGGUUUUUUGAAAGAGGCUCGACAAGUUCUUAAUGAGAUGCCAAGUAGAGAUGUUAUUUCGUGGAAUUCAAUGGUUGCUGGUUAUGCACAAAAUGGUAGGUUUGAUGAUGCAUUGGUAGUUUGCAGAGAAAUGGAGUUACUAAGGGUAAAACCUGAUGCUGGCACUAUGGCUAGCCUAUUGCCAGCUGUGACUAAUACGUCGUUGGACAAUGUUUUGUAUGUUAAAGAAAUGUUCUUGAAGUUAAAGAAUUUGGUUUCCUGGAAUGUGAUGAUUGCAGUGUAUGUUAAUCAUUCAAUGCCUGCUGAAGCAGUUGAUUUGUAUUUGCACAUGCAAGAGCAUGGUAUUGAACCUGACGCAAUCUCUUUUGCUAGUGUUCUUCCUGCUUGUGGAGAUCUUUCAGCUUUACUGCUGGGAAGGCGGAUCCAUUAUUUAGUUGAGAAGAAGAAACUUCGGCCAAAUUUGCUUUUGGAGAAUGCAUUGAUUGAUAUGUAUGCAAAAUGUGGAAGUUUAACAGAAGCUAGGGCAGUGUUUGAUCAAAUGAAAUUUCGAGAUGUUGUGUCAUGGACUUCUAUGAUCUCUGCUUAUGGAAUGAGUGGGCAGGGUCAUGAUUCUGUUGCACUUUUCUCAAAAAUGCAAAGCUCAGGUCUAUCUCCUGAUUCCAUUGCCUUUGUUUCAGUUCUGUCAGCUUGUAGCCAUGCCGGUUUGUUGGAGGAGGGACGAUAUUACUUUAACUUGAUGACUGAGCAGUAUAAGAUAAUUCCAAGGAUAGAACACUUUGCUUGCAUGGUGGAUCUUUUAGGACGGGCUGGGAGAGUAGAGGAAGCAUAUACUUUUAUCAGGAAGAUGCCAGUGGAACCUAAUGAAAGAGUAUGGGGGACUCUGUUGGGUGCUUGUCGGGUGCACUCUAGCAUGGAUAUUGGGCUUCUUGCUGCCGAUCAUCUUUUUCAAUUAGCUCCAGAGCAGUCUGGUUAUUAUGUUAUAUUAUCUAACAUUUAUGCUAAGGCUGGUAGAUGGGAAGAUGUUACAAUUGUCAGAUCAAUCAUGAAAAGAAAAGGUAUCAAGAAAAUGCCUGGUGCUAGCAAUGUUGAGGUCAAUGAUCAAGUGUACACCUUUCUUGCUGGCGACAGAUCACAUGCACAGUCCAAGGAGAUCUAUGAGGAGUUGGAUAUAUUAGUAGGGAAAAUGAAAGAGGCAGGUUAUAUUCCAGAGACUGAUUCAGCCCUUCAUGAUGUGGAGGAAGAAGAUAAGGAAUGUCAUCUGGCAAUUCACAGUGAGAAAUUAGCCAUUGUCUUUGCAAUACUGAAUACCAAACCUAGAACACCAAUAAGGGUCACCAAGAACCUUCGAAUUUGUGGUGAUUGCCAUAUAGCAGCUAAGCUUAUUUCCAAGAUUGCUGAGCGUGAUAUCACAAUCAGGGAUACUAACAGGUUUCACCAUUUCCAAAAUGGCGUCUGCUCAUGUGGGGAUUAUUGGUGAAGCCAUAUUUGGGGAAGUACUGUCACCUUGCAGUGUGUUGCUCAGAUUUAGAUUUGUCUGAACUAAUUUAUAUGAAAGAAAGGGAGCUUAGUUAAAAGCCAUAACUUGGGAAUAUUGCGACCACCAUGAUCUUGGGCAGAGGAGUUUGCAAUAAUUCAAAUUGUCAAUUUUUUUUUUCUGGUCCUGCUGAUUAAAUGCAGCCUGCUUCACAGCUUUGUAUCAUUAAUGCUAUCUAGGUGACUUCAUAUGGCUGUUUAAAUGGCAAUGAUGGACUGAAAAUUUUGAUGCUAAUAAUGGGCUCACCACAGCAAUUGAAGCACGGCUCAAAGGUGAGCUUUAGCAUGGGGUUAAAUAACCACAUUCAUGGGUAAUCUGCCUCUGAUUUUUCGCUUGCUUUUGCUCUGAAGAAAAGCUUCCCAGCUCAGCAAGUGCAAGAAUCUGCUUUGUGUUCUUGUAUUCUUUAAAUUUUUAAUGGAAAUGUUGAUUGAGAGGUUAUAUUGUA